CUAACUGAUAAACAAAUUGAUGUAAUUAUAAACCAUUAUACUACCAAAAUACUAGUGUGUGACCAAAAGUCUCGCACUCACAUAACAGAAUCCACUUUAAAAUCUGGAUUUAAUCCGAGUGAUAACAAAAAUUACAUGACCAAACCAUCUAGCUUGAAAGACGUAUCAAAUAUUAAGGUAAGUAUACCUACUGAAUCAUCCCAUACCCCUAGUUCAGAAGAUAUGAUAAGUGAGGAUAACAAAUCUUUACCAAAGACUAAG